AUGAUGCGUUUCUUCAUGAUGUCCGUCCUCUCUCUUGUCAGUGUUGGCUUGGUGUCCGCCCUCCCCGAGAAAGGAUCUCUUGCCUCACGCGACAACAGCACCGAGUCCAAGGUGACUACGGCUGCAGCCACUUUGAAGGGCAACAAGGUUGAGAAUGAGUCCGAGACCUCCGACUGUAUUGGAUCGCUGCUCUGUUGCGGUUCUCUCACCACUCCUCUCGAUCACAUCUUGGACCCCAUCCUCGAGGACCUUGGCAUUAACGCUGCCAACAUUGUUGGCUCCGUUGGUCUCCUAUGCGACCCCUACGAGGGCAGCUCUUGCUCCUCUGCUCCUCAGUGCUGUACCGAGGCUAACCUUCUGAGUGGUACCGUUGCUCUCGGCUGCUCGGCCUUGAAGAAAUAA